AUGCCCAAGGAGGAACCUUUACCCAGCCGGAAAAAGAUGCGCAAGGGGACGCAUAGUUGCUUUGAAUGUCGGCGGCGCAAGAUUCGAUGCAUCUUUCAACCUGACAACCCGGAUGUCUGCUCAGAAUGUUUUGCACGUGGCAGCAGGUGCAUCGAUCAGGAACAUGCCAAUCCAGAAGUGAUUGUCGAUCACAGGAAAAAUCUGCGUGAGAGAGUAUCGCGACUGGAAGCUUUGGUAGACACGUUGCUUGAAGACAAGACCAUCAAAUCAGAGGCUCGUAGUCAGAGCCAGAGUACAGCCGACACUGCCUCGCCAAAAGUACCUCAAGUCUUCUCGAGAGACGCCUUGCCACCCACCCCACUGUCCUCCGAGUCUACAUCAAAUCCAUUCCAACAUAAUCAGCGUGCUGUAUCAGACCGAGGACAUCAUGUUCCAAUACUGUCUGUUUUCGAAGAUGCUCUCAACGAUGCGGAAGCUCAGAACAAAGUCCGCAAAGACCCAUCGCACGCCCGAUUUACGGCAGAUGGCGCUCUGACAGCUGAAGAGCGAUAUACGCUUGAAAACAGACACGAUGACAACAUUAUUGACGGCAGCAAUGUAUCACAUUCAGCGAAAAAAGAGAGGGCGAAACAAGCUCUGAUCGCCAUGCUGCCACCUUAUGAACAGCUUACACGGCUUUUGAACAAUAACAGCGAUUGGUGGCAGACAUGGCGACGAAAGUGCAGUGGAACCUCGGGACCCGAUCAGACGCUGUCCCAGUUUGCACUUAAAGCCUUGGCGAAUGGCAACAUUGGUGCCCUUGGUACUGUUGUGUUGUCGGUUGGCAUAUGCUCUGCAGAUGAUACUGAUGAUGUGGAGCGCUAUAUCGAGGCUGUUGACAGAUGGGUUCUAUCUGAUGAUGAAUACGCAGCCAGUCUGGAAGGCAUGGAAUGUCUCAUCUUGAAGUCAAAGUGGUAUGCAGAUGUUGGACAGCCUCGAAGAGCCUGGAUCGCAUACAGGAAGGGGUUAAUGUAUGCUCAACUCAUGGGUCUUCACCGGAAACGCACAUCUUCAGCAGCUCACGAAAGUAUUUGGUGGGCACUCUACCAUGGAGACCGUUUCCUGUCACUACUUCUAGGUCUUCCUUACGGUAUCAGCGAUGCGCAUUGUGAUCUCACCCUGCCAGAACUCGGCGACGGCGAGUACAUACACCAUAUGAAUGCCAUCUCCAAAGUGUCACAGCUAGCAGGGCGCGUCAUUGAUCGCAACCAAGGAAUAGCAGAACAGUCUUUCGCAUGGGCCCUACAACUCGAUCAGGAACUUGAGGACCUGUGGAAGAGAUUGGAUCCUGCAUGGCUCGACUAUUCAGAACUGCUCGCAGACCCAGAAAAGAACGCCGCAGAAUUACGAGAACGGUUGAUGGGGCAGAUGGUGUUCCACCAGAUCCGUGUUUACCUGCAUCUCCCCUUCAUGCUCAAGUCGGCUUCAAAUUCGCGCUUCACAUACUCCCGCACCGCGUGUCUCAACGGCUCUCGAGAUGUGCUCCGUCUGUACCAGGCACUACGCACGGGUACCGUGCAGCCCCUCUACGAGUGCAAAGCCAUUGACUUCAUCGGCUUCACCGCUGCAGUACUCAUCCAGAUUGGCCUCCUCAACUUCACGACCGUCAACGGUGCAAACGGCCAGCCGCCUUCCCCCAAGAACAAUGAAGAAGACGUUCGCCUCAUUGAAAUCAGUAUUGACAUUUUCCGGAGAGCUUCGAGCGAAAAGGGUGGGAAAGUAGCCCUACAAUCCGCUGAAGUGCUCGAGAAGAUGAUGAGCAAGUUCAAAAACGCCUGUAGCCCCAACAGAAGCCACUGCGCCGACGAGACCGAUGAAUUUGUCAUACCCUACUUUGGCACCAUUACUCUCAAGCGAGGGGGUCAGAAGGUUACCCGAGGACCCUCGCCGCCUGCUCGUUCGCCUGCAUGUUCCAACAUUUCGCAAUCCCCCGCACAGUCCCAGCUGUUUACGCCCCCCUCGGAAAGACAGUCCAGCACCUCAGACAUCUUCUCCCAAGCCACGCCCUCUCUCAGCGUCACGCCCAAGACAUCCAUCUCCGCCGGCACCGGUACCUCUGGAUACAACAUCACCGACCCCUUACCCUUUGUCUCCUACGACGGCUUCUACAACUGGAACAACCUCAAUGGCGAUGACGCCUCCUGUGCCGCCGCCUCCUCCGCAGGCACAGCCGUCCCUGUAGCCGCCCACACCACCUCCAACACGGCCUCCGGCACCGCCUCCCAGGCGGGGAUAAAUACCCAGAUCAACGAUGACAGCAUGAAUAACUUCCCGCUCCCAACAAAUAAUUUUAGCUGGCAGCAUAUGCCCAUGGACAUUGAUCAGGAUUGGUCAUGGUUCUUGAACGACGCACAGACUUCCCAGGCGGUUAACUCGAAUACAUCGGCCCAGGCUUUGCCGGUGGAUGUGUUUAGUGGCCAGGGUUUCACUGGCUUUGGCUGA